AUGGCUACCGCUGAGCAACAAAUCACCCAUCUCCGCUCCCUUCUUGACAUAAUUUCCACCUCAACGAACGACCUCAUCAAUGAACUUUCCUCCUCUCUGUCCUCCAAGUCCAUAAAUGGUAACGGAUCUACAGUAGCCUAUGCCGAUGUUCGCAUCCCGAAAGAUCCCAAGACGGAAGAGGCGCGCAAGCGCAUCAUUGCUGCCACGGCUUCUCUCGAGGCUGCCGUGAUCACACCCCAAUGGCGACUCAGCCACCUAGCACACAGUUAUUUCAUACCUCGCGCGCUGCACAUGGCUGUCGAAUGGAAGAUUCCCCAGCUCUUGGAAACCAACGGGCCCAUGAAACUUGAUGCCCUUGCCGCCGAGACGGGCAUCGUUGACACGCGCAAGCUGGGGCUUGUGAUGAGAACGCUUUGCGCUCACCAUAUUUUCGCCGAGACGGCCCUCGACGUCUUUGCCAACAACGAGGCGUCGACCACCCUUGCCACAAAUGAGCGCCUCGCCAGCUCGGUGCGCUACGCCUCCUUCCUCUUCCCCACGGCUGAUGUGCUCCCGAGCCUCCUGAAAGACCCGACCCUCUGCGCCAGCUAUGAAUCGCGAGAUUCGGCCUUCGCCAAGAGCAUCGGCAAGGGUAUGGGCCAGUUCGAGUACCUGAAUGCGCACCCUGAGUGGCGCGACUGCUUCAAUCUCUGGCUCGCCUCGCUGGGCGAGUACCUUCACGGGCUGACCGAUGUGCGUGGGUACCCUUGGGAAUCCACCCUCAAGAACGGCGCCGUGGUAGUCGAUGUCGGCGGCGGAGUCGGAAGCUCCAUACAAGCCUUACGGGACAACUUCCCCGACCGCCGGAACGACUUUGUCGGCAUCGUUCAGGACCAGCCCGGCAUGAUCGAGCACGCCACUGCCCAUUGGCAAAUGACGGACCCUCAAGCGCUAGCCACGGGCGCGGUUAAGCUCACUGUGCAUGAUUUCUUCAAAGAGAACCCCGUCAAGGGCGCCGAUGUAUACUGGUUUCGGUCGGUCAUUGUGGACUGGCAGGACGACGACUUGACCAGGAUAUUCACGCACAUCAAGAACGCCAUGGCGCCAGGAAAGUCUCGCCUGUUGAUCGGCGAGUACAUCAUGCACCCGACGUGCGGUGAUGCCCUGCUACCCGACGCGCCGCCCCCGUUGCUGAAGAACUAUGGCGAAUUCCAAGCCAUGGGGCUUAUCUCAGGUUUCGUCCUGACCGUGAGCCCAAACGGCCUUCAGCGCACCGUUCAGGAAGUGAACAAUGUUGUUGAGGCGGCUGGCUUGAAGAUUGUCAAAGUGUGGAUUUGCCGUGGCCUGGGGAACGUCAUUGAGUGUCGGUUGAAGGAAGACGUGUAA